UGCCUCAAACAGCAUCAAACACAGAGAAGGAGGAGGAGGAGGAGGAGAACAAGAGAAGGAACAGGGACUCUGGGGGUAGUAGUUCAUGGAACUAGAGUCAAGCACGGUGGAAGUAAAGUUCACUCACCUUACAGAGACACACACACAGGUCCACACAACUUCAGGAGACUGCUUCCCUCUUCCUCCUUCGGCUCUUUACGGUCGGCGGUGCUUUGAGACCGGUUUGUGACUCUCACACCCGGUCCUGCUGAGUUGCGACCGGUCCGACCCAGAGCCCCGGGUCCUCCAUGAGGCUAGAGGCCGCAGCCAGGAUGGAUGUGUUCAGGAAGCUGUGGAGGGCGCGGAAGCUGAUCGUCGUGGUGUUCAUCCCGCUCUGCCUGCUUCCCCUGCCGCUCAUCCACCCCACCAGCGAGGCAUGCUGUGCAUACGUGCUGAUAGUGACGGCAAUCUACUGGGUGUCUGAGGCUGUUCCCCUGGGUGCUGCUGCUCUGGUACCCGCCUUCCUCUAUCCGCUCUUUGGGGUACUCAAGUCCAGCGAGGUGGCAGCAGAGUACUGCAAAGACACCACUCUGCUGCUGAUGGGAGUCAUCUGCCUGGCAGCCUCUAUAGAGAAGUGGAACCUGCACAAACGCAUCGCUCUGCGCAUGGUGAUGAUCGCAGGGGCCAAGCCUGGCAUGUUGGUGCUGGGCUUCAUGUGCUGCACCGUGUUUCUGUCCAUGUGGCUCAGCAACACGUCCACCACAGCCAUGGUGAUGCCCAUAGCCGAGGCGGUCCUGCAGCAGCUGAUCUGCACCGGCCUGGCCGACGGCCACGUAGACUCGGAGACCGCUGAGGCCCCUGAGGACGACAGCGCUGUUUCAGACAAAGAAGAGAACCUGGACAAAAACCAGCUGGAGUUGCUCUAUCGCAACAACAGCAGCGAUUGCAGUAAACAGGAGCUCUCCACACUGAGUGAGGUGCAGACUGGGGAGGUGAAUGGUUUGGCUCUGAAGGUAACCUCUAACCAGGAGUUCACCAGGGACACCAAUGGAUACCUGCCACAGGUUGCGGUGGAAAUCCCAAACGUGAAGCGGGUGAGGGCCAGGAGAGACUCCCAGUAUCCCACCAAGAGGGAUCACAUGAUCUGUAAAUGCCUGUCCCUCAGCAUCACCUACGCUGCGACAAUCGGUGGCCUCAUCACCAUCACCGGCACCUCAACCAACCUCAUCUUUGCCGAGCAGUUUAACACUCGUUAUCCAGAUGCAAAGGUGAUCAACUUUGGCACGUGGUUCAUCUUCAGUUUCCCCAUCGCCAUCAUCAUGCUGGUCCUCACCUGGCUGUGGCUGCACUUCCUCUUCCUCGGCUGCAACUUCAGGGAGACAUGCUCGUGGAGUAAGAAACGCAAAACCAGGAGAGAGAUGCUUUCAGAGAGGAGGAUCCAAGAGGAGUACACCAAACUGGGACCUAUCAGCUACCCAGAGGUGGUGACCGGUGUUUUCUUCAUCCUGAUGACUGUGCUGUGGUUCACCAGAGAGCCUGGUUUCGUGCCCGGCUGGACAUCUCUUUUUGAGAAGAAAGGCUACAGGACCGACGCAACAGUGUCGGUCCUUCUGGGCUUCCUGCUCUUCCUCAUCCCUGCCAGGCGACCCUUCUCCUCCUCCGCUUGCUCCUCCUCCAGCUGCAGGAACACAGAUAAUGAAUCACAUGACCCGCUGGCCCCCAUGAUCACCUGGAAGGACUUCCAGAGACUGAUGCCAUGGGAGAUCGUCAUCCUGGUGGGAGGAGGCUAUGCACUGGCUGCUGGUUGCAAGGUGUCAGGCCUGUCGGUGUGGAUCGGCAGACAGCUGGAGCCUAUGAGUGGUCUUCCUCCGUGGGCCGUCACCCUGCUGGCCUGCCUGCUGGUGUCGGCGGUCACAGAGUUCGCCUCCAACCCGGCGACUCUCACCGUCUUCCUGCCCAUUUUGUCAGCGCUGUCAGAGACUCUGCAAAUCAACCCCCUCCACACUUUGAUCCCGUCCACCAUGUGCGUGUCAUUCGGGGUCAUGCUUCCAGUAGGGAACCCCCCCAACGCCAUUGUCUUCAGUUACGGCCACGUGAAGAUCAGCGACAUGGUGAAAGCGGGCUUCGGAGUGAACCUGAUCGGCGUGGCGGUGGUGAUGUUGGCCAUCACCACGUGGGGGGUUCCCCUCUUCAACCUGACCGAGUUCCCGGCCUGGGCCGUGGACAGGAACAUCACCGGGAGCUUAUAACCGCCGCUGGCGUGGAGGGUGAAUCACUGAAAGACGGAAAGAGAUGGGGCGUUGUUUCUGUAAAGAAAGACAACAAGAAAAUAACGUCGAGAGGACGGUCUUGCUCAGAGUUCAGUCCUUUCUUAGACGACUCAAACUGGACCUGAAGAAGGAUGGAGAGAAGGAGGAGGAGAAAAAGAGAGCGAAAAACCGUGACCUGUUGCUUAGAUGUUAUAUUUAGAGUUAUAUUUUCUUGGCCACAAGAGGGCGUUGCGAGGAAUGCAGAAUGCCUUUGUUAAAGUGGCCACUGCGUGGAGCUCUCACCUCCGGCAAAACACUUUUUAAAAAAAAUCUCUGUUAACAAAGUUUGAUGGAGAUUCUAUUUUCACCGAAUCACUCAAGAUAUCACUGUAAGCUACAAACAUAUUUGUGGUGAUCAGGAGAAUGCUUUUUAGUUUUUUUGUGUUGGGAUUUAUAAUAGAAACAAUGAUAAGUUUAUUUCAGAGCCACAUCAUGAUGCCUUGUUGUGUGGAUUAGUUGCUAUCUAGAUUGAGACCAUUGUAAGUAAGCCUCUUUUUACUGCGUGCUUGCUGAACUUCUGCUGCAGUUAAAUGUAUUGCUCUUUAACCAGACCACAUACAAUGCAACAUGACAAGUUUGCUGAGAGAGUUUGACAUUUUGAGACAGCGGGCUGCUGUAUUAUUAGCAUGAUAAAUGCGUGAAAAGAGGCUUCUAUGGCUGAUAAUGAACUGUAUACAUAGAGCUACUUGCUGUCAAGCCUUUAAGAUGUACCCAGUAUCAUGUAUGCUUAUAUCUCCUGAUAUGAUCUGGUUUUUAAAGAGGUAAAAGCUUGUGUACUGUAUAUUUAGCAAAAAAUUGAAAGCUUCAACACUGUCCGUAAUUGUUCUUAGCGGUUGCCUGCGUUACUUUAGAAAUCUAGGCCUCUUAAGUGUGAUUUAUGGUUCUGCGGAGGCUCCACGCAGAGCUUUCGCCGUAGCCUACGUAAGCGACCUGAAAUUUAUACUUGUGCAUUGGUGUGUGCGUCGCUCUCUUUAA